GGGUCCUUCGGUUGGCGCCAGUUUAGAGUUCUUCUUCGCGCUGAGGCUGCAGGGUGUAAACAACACGAAGUUACCGUGUCCCUUGUGUCUAUAUAUUAUAUAUGAUCUAUAUGUGUAAUAUAACAUGUACACAGCUACACGUAGGGCUCACUGCGGGUAAAUACACACAAAGCCGGAAGCAGCAGAACAAGAGGUCACCAGAUCAUCUGAAGUCAGCCCCACCAUUAACAUCCCCAACAUGGACAGUGAGGAUGAUCUGGACAUCCUGACGGCACUGCUGGCUGAGAGCGAGGGAGUUGGAGGAGAAGAGGGCCGUCAAGAGCAGGCAGACGACUUGGACGGCCUGUUUGACGCCGACGAUGAGGACAAUGAAGAGUACAACGAGGGCAUCGAGGAGGAAGGGAGAAAUGUGCAGACGGAAGACGUAGUGUCUGAUCUCUCUGGAGAUGUGGAUGAAGAGAAAGACGCUAAAAGAAGUGAGAGCCUGGACAGGUCCAAGGAAAAUUUACAAGAGGAGCUGAGGCACAUGCAGGAGCAGAUGCAGAGGUUGCAGCAGCAGCUGGAAGCAAGCCAGAAGCUUCCAACCUCAUCUACCACUCCAGUUAGGACUGAAGGGAGCUCAGCUGGUCCCAAACCAAUAACCUCCACACUGACCCAGGCCAAACCGGCCUCCAUCACACAUAAGACUGAGACACGAGCAGCAGCAACCUCUUCACCCACUCCAGUCAGAGCAGGAGGUCUGAAGCUCCAGGAGUCCUCUGUCUUCUGUGAUGAGCUGAACAAUGCUCACUCCUUCAAACGCAAACCCAGGGUAGCUCACCCUCCCAAAGACAGCACAUCACCAGAAGACAGAGGUCCACUGGUGGAGAUAAAGCUUGGUAGCUCCUUCCAGCCAGCAGCGAUCACCAGCGAGCUCUUCAGUCCUUUGCAUUCACCUGCAGCCUCUCGGAGCACACCUGCCCCAGCUGCAGCCUCUCGGAGCACACCUGCCCCAGCUGCAUCCUCUCUUCCUCCGCUUCCUAAAGAUGUGGCUGUUGAGAAAUACUCAGGCCUCCGUCUCAGAAAGCCGCGCGUUUCCUCCAGUGAGAUGGACCGCAAGAUGGCCGACCGCCGUCUGCUCCGUCUGUCGCAGGUGCCGGAGCGUUUGGCUCGGGAGAAGCUUGAGGAGAGCAACUGGGUGACUUUCGGUGUGCUGGUCAACAAGGUCACACCACAAAGCAACAGCAGCGGCAAGACCUUCAGCAUCUGGAAACUGAACGACCUCCAUAACCUGGACGUGUUUGUGUCUCUGCUCCUGUUCGGAGAAGUCCACAAACUGCACUGGAAGACGGAGCCGGGCUCCGUCAUUGGACUUCUCAACCCUAACUCCAUGAAGCAGAAAGAAGGAUAUGACGGGGUGAGCCUGACGGUGGAUCACCCACAGAAGCUGCUGCUGAUGGGGGAAGCCCAGGACUACGGCACCUGCAAGGCCAUGAAGAAGAACGGAGACCCCUGCUCUCAGAUCAUCAACAUGUAUGACUGUCAGUACUGUCAGUACCACGUCAGGGCCCAGUACAAGCAGAUGAGCUCUAAGCGGGCGGAGCUGCAAUCUGUCUUUUCUGGGAAAGCUCCCAACAAGCUGAAGGGGAAGGGAGGAAACCUGAGGGAGCGUCUGUGUCAGGAUGGCUUCUACUACGGCGGCGUGUCCUCCCCCGCCUGCGCCGCCUCUCUGACCAAAGCCAACAAACCGGUCCAGAAGACUCUGGACAAGCUGUUUGUGAGAGGCUCGGCUCAGCUGGCUCUGCAGGCCAAGAGGCUGGCCAUGCAGUCCGGUGAAGUGUCAGGUUGUUCAAGUGAAUUUAAGAGCCUGAUGUCCACGCCAACACCCGGAGCUCUGCAGCUGAAGAAGCACUUGGCACACGGCGGCCAAUCAGUCUCCAAAGACGCAGCUGCAGCCCCGCUUCAGUCCAUCACCGCCGCAGACUUGCUGAAGCAGCAGAAACAGAAGCAGCGGGAGUUUCUGCAGAACCGUCGACGGAGGGCAGACCAGAUGCAGAAGAAGGGGCAGCAGAGCUCAGCUGGGCCCAGCACCGGGCCAACCUCCAAAGCCAUACAGAGCCCCGCAGCACCCCACAGCCCCAGCCUGGGCCGGGGCUUCUCUGAGGGGGAGGACAUCCUCUUCUUUGAGAACAGCCCGCCUCCGGUGCCCGCCCCCAGCACUCUCAGCCUAUCAGCCGCCAAGCUGGCUGCUCUGAAGAAGCUGAGAGCCAAAGGGACAGGGCUUGAUAAGGAGGAUCCCAACGCUGUGAAGAGGAAGAGGAGCAGCAGCAGUGAGAUCAGCGCCCGACUGGAGAAGAACCGGAGCUCAGCUGAAGGUGAUGAGGAGGAGGAACCGGCCCAGAAGAAGAAGCGAGAUAAGCUUCUCUACAUCCAGUCAGAGGAGUUUCAAAAGAUCCUCAACGCCAAAUCUCUCCACGGGGCUGCACUACAGGCGGCGGAGUACCAACUGCAGGAGAGCUACUUUGAUCCUCUGGUGAAGAAGGAACAGCUGGAGGAGAAGAUGAAGUCCAUCAGAGAGAUGAAGUGUCGCGCGGUCUCCUGUAAAAAGUGUGGCUACACCUACUUCAAGCCAGCGGAUCGUUGUGUGGAGGAGAAUCACGAUCUGCGGUGGCACGAUGCUACCAAACGUUUCUUCAAAUGUCCCUGUGGACAGAGAGCCAUCGCUCUGGACAGACUGCCCAACAAACACUGCAGUAACUGUGGUCUAUUUAAAUGGGAGCGUGAUGGGAUGCUGAAGGAGAAAAAGGGACCAAAGAUCGCUGGAGAGCUCCUCCAGCCUCGAGGAGAGGAGCACGGAAAGUUCCUCAACAGCAGCAAGUGACAGCACCAGGAUAUGUCUUUGUGAUUUAAGUGUUUUAGCAGCACAAAUCAUGUUUUUAACCUUUGAUUGUGGAGAUUUGAAUAUAUGUGAUUAUAUUGAAAAUGCUGUAAAUAAGUUGAUUAAAGCAAUACUUUGCAACAUU